AUGGGGCCUGGCUUCCUGUUUGCAGACAACCCUUACAGAGUGCCCCUGAAGACAUUCCCAAGCACCAACUGGGGCAUCAUCGAGAGUGAACUCAACUACUCAGUGAUCCUGCAGUGGGUGGCCACAAUGGACCCCGAGCCCGUGCUGAGCUGGACCCACAAUGGGGAACCCUGCUGGACGGGCGAGAUGCUGAUCAUCCAGCGGCUGUCCCGGGAGCAGCUGGGCACCUACAUGUGCACGGGCAGGAACAGCCAGAAGGAGCUCUUCUCCGAGCCCGUGACUGUCAUGCUGCCGCAAGCCAGUGUGGACCCCACGGACCCUGAGCCCAUCGAGCCGGACCCCACUUUCUCCCUGUCGGGAGGACCUGCCAUCGGGCUGCUCGUGGCCGGGGUUCUGGGCGCCGUGGCCCUGGUCGCAGGUGCGGUCUUCACCAUCUUCCAGAGCCAAAGGACUGACCGACAGAGAAUACGAAUAUGCAGCUGA